ACUCCCCGUUGUUUGUACUCUACCGAUUUGCCAGUGUUAAUGUUUAAAUCCAUUUAGACUCCCCGCUGCUGUAAUUUCCUUCAAGCAAAGUGUACUUAUAAGUGGAAAUUUGGUUUUAAAGGGGGACAAAAUGGGACGCAAAUCAAAGCGCCUGCGUUUCAAGUCCAAAUUUAUUACAGCUGAACUGGCUCAACUAUUCAGUCAUUCGGAUAGCGAGGAGGAAUUUGAAGGUUUCAGUGAGGACGAAAGAGUGGUUAAAGGACGUUCAAACAAUAAAUUCAACACUAAGGUGGUGGAGCCAGAAGAUGGCAGUGAUGUGGACACAGGUUUCUAUUCUGAUGGUGAGGAGACACCAAAACCAAAGAGAAGUCUUUUAGUAGCUCUCAGAUUUCCAGUCAAACAGUCACCCACCCCAAAACGGGAGCCGCAAGCAAAAAUCGUCAAGAAGCCAGUUAAGGAGACUGUGGCACAGAGGGUGCGGCACAGGAUGAAGAAGGAAGAAGUUGGACAAAGAGAUGAACAGACAAAGAAGAAGGUAGAAGAAGAGCCUGUGUGCCAAGCCCUAAGCAAGCGGGACAAAAACAUCCAGGAGAAUAAAGCCAAGCUGGCUGAGCUGUUUGCUGACCUCGCUUCAAUAGCUGACCUGACUUUACCCCAGACACCUCAAAUGAAGAAGCGCAGACAAGUGAAAACAACACCUCGCAAGCGCAAAUUAGAACAGGAAAGUGGCUCGGAACGGAGGAACCCGUCCCGCAAGGCUCGACCUCCUGAGAACUUUGCGGUGGACCAAGUGUGCGAGCCAUUGCCGCGGAGUGGCCCCAGGGCGGUAGACCUCAGGAGACUUUUAGAGGUGGAUGAAGAAAGCGCCGGCAACAAUCCGAAAAAGAGGAGGAGCCACAGACGCAGUCAAUACGAGUACAAGUCAGUUGAUGAAAUCACCGAAGAUGACUUGGAGAACAUUGCGUACCGAAGCAAAGAUAAGAUCUGGGACAAGGACCAUGGAAGCUCUUGCCAUCAGUGCAGACAAAAAACACUUGACACAAAAACCGUGUGCCGCAGCGGCUUCUGUUCUGCGGGUAAAGGCCAGUUCUGCGGACCGUGCCUGAAGAACCGCUACGGCGAAGACGUGCGCACCGUACUGCUCGACCCGACAUGGUCAUGUCCUAUCUGUCGAGGAAUGUGUAACUGCAGCUUGUGUCGGAAGAAAGAGGGUCGCUGCGCCACUGGGAUUUUGGUCGGGCUGGCCCGCUAUAACGGCCAUGACAACGUCCAUGAGUAUUUGGAAAGGAUUCAGAACGAACUUCAGUAAAGUCCCGAGGACGCUCUUCACACAAAUGAAACACUGCGCACAGUAUGCUGUUCAUUUUUAAAAUUUAAAUAAGUAAAAAAAAAGUAAAUAAUCAGUAGUUUUUUAAUCAUGAUUCAAUCAUUGUGUACGUUUUGACCACAAGGGCGCAGUAUAAUACAAACACUCAAAGAAGAUUGUGACACCAAUGCUAGUUUUUAUUAUUUGCCUAUGUUUGUGUUAGCAUUAAGCUAACAGACUUUUGUAAGUCAGAUUUAUGGGGUUGUUUUAAGGUGAUUCUCUUUGUUUUAUGUUUAGCUUGAUUGUAAACUUUUUUUCAUUUUUACGCUUUGUUCAUUAUUUGCCAAACUGUUGAUUGUUUGAGUGAAAUUGGUGCCAUCUUGUAUCUAAAAUUGUUGCGAAUCAAGAUACCACUGUACUACAUCUAAACUUUUUGAUGUUUUUGUAUUAAUUUAGUUCGAAUAAAACUGACCUCUUUUCA